AUGGGAUUUUUGAGUGGUGUUCUCAGUAACAUCCAAGGCCAUUUAGGGCAGCAUAAAGAUACUUUAAAUGAAGCAAUUGCAUCACUUAACAAAAAUAAACACGCCGGUAAAAAAGGUUUUAAUGCUGCGAUUGGAAGUGUGGUCGAAGGGGUGCGGGGGUAUAAUGCUAAUGUAAAGUCUUCUAAUGAAGCAGUGAUUGAGCCGCUUAAAAAACUUCUCGACUACACCAAGAAAAAUGGAGGUGAGUUGAUUGCUAGCAUUAAUAAGAUUCAGGUUGACAAACAUGAUCUGGAUCCACAACUGGCCGACGCCGCUAGGUCCUUCGGCGACCGGCUGAAGGAGGCCACAGAGAGGAGCAAGAGGUGCGCGGAAUUUCUGGACCCCAAGGCAAAUAACAACACUAAGAUGAAAAAAAACAUUUAUGACCUUAAUGAUAAGUUGCGUGACAAAGUGUUGCAUGUUCGUAAGCUUGUUGAGUACGAGAGCCAGCGGCUGGCCAGCGUGCACAAGCGGAAAGACGCUGAGUUGAAGGAGACGACGGAGAAGAUUAAGACAAGUUUCCGCAAUUUGAAGAGCUGCAUAAACAAGCAGGUGGGUGACGAUAUAGAUAAAUUAGUUAAUGAUUUGAAAUUGAGGGUGCAGAAAAUUUUGAAGAAGCUGAGGGAGAUAAGCACAGAUCUGGAAAAAUACGUUAAGCAGCUAGAAGCGUGUAUGAAGAAGGCGGAGAGCUAUGUGAAUGUGGCGCUGGAAAAGGUGAAUAAAGUAUUGGCGGAAUCGAAUGAGAAGGAUUCCAGCACGAAGACGUAUAGAAUGCAUAGCGUCGUGGAGCAGUUGAAAGCUGCAGUAUUAGUGCUCCACAGCGCAGGAGAUGAUGCUAAACGAAAAGUUCAAACGGAAGUCACGGCAGCGCUUAGAGCUGUCAUAACGAUGGACGGUGAGCUGAAAGCGGAUUUGUUUAAGGUGAAGAAGGCCAUUAAGGAAGCAGUCGAUAAGGUUGAUACAAAUAUUAAGGAGCUUGGGAAUAAUUUCCCUAAAGAUUCUAGUGCCGGCCGAGUAGCAGGCGAACAGCAUAAAAGUGUUGAAGAUAUCAUAACAGAACUUCGAAAUAAAGUUGGGGCAAUCAAGGGAGGCGGAAGGGAUGGCGCAGGUCUGAAUGGUAUUGAAAGAGGAGUAAGCGGAUAUGUUUACCAGUACGGCAAUGGAUUUAGGGAUACGGUCGGUGAGUGGGUAUCCGAUAUAUUGAAAGAGGAUCACACAUACAAAAGCUAUAUAUUGCAAUAUGUGCGGGAAAACAGAGAUAAAUUCAAUGACACCAAUCUCCACAAACAUGGGAUUGAUGGUAUAAAUACAACCGUUAAAGAAAAACUUACUGCGCAUCUAGAUGAUACAAUCAACACGGCUACAAGUGUCAACCUGCCUUCAGCGGAGAACGUUCACGAGAAUCUCCAAAAUAUACACUCACGUAUAAUGCAAUUUGCCAGCGAACUUGAUAGAAACCUUAAUUCGCUUUUCAACAAUAUCGUUCAAUCCAUUGAGGCUGUCUUAGUGAAUAAAUCCAAGCCGCAAUCAUUUCCGCCGUACGACAACACGAAUCUCCACCUCGCCAUUUUGAUAACGCUAUCAGCGAUGUCUUCCAGAGCCAAGCAAGCCGCAAAAGAGUUGCACUCCUUUGCUCUCAAGCAAAGGCCAAACGGCUCAAAGAACAGUAUCGCAGCCAAAAUCGAUGACGCUCACAGUAAAGUGAAUCUGUUAUUCGAUAAGCUAAAAGCAGCGCUUGGGCAACCUGUUGGUUCAUCUGGAAAAACGAAUAACCUUGCGGCUGACGUCGACACUGCAAUCAGAGGAGUAACAAAUACGCUUGAGCAGCAGUUUCCGGGAUAUCUUGGUGCAGAUAAAGUUAACCUUCAAGAUACGGAUAUAACGAUUUUUGGAAAAUAUAAGUUGCAAGUUGACCAAAGGCCAGAAAGUUUGGCAGUCGCGGAUCGAGAUCCAAAUAAGUUAGCAGGCACCCUGCCAGAGGCAAUUAAAAAAAUACGAGAUGAUGUAAAAAACGCUCUAACGUCAAUUGACGAUUACAAUAGAUAUGCUAAUGAGGAUAUAGAAAGCGUCAAGUCCACGCUCAGUGAGCUAUGUAAGAUCCUUAAAGACGAAGCCUCCAACGCGAAGUGGAACCUGGACACAAUUAAAACGGAGACCAUAAAGGGGCAACUUGAAUACGUCAAAAACAAACUCAACGACCUGCGAUUGAUUGAUUUAAGCGCGGCCAUCAAAGAGGCUGAAAACUUCCUCACCAGCGCCGAUCCAACAGCCCAGGCCACAAUCGCAUCGAUUGGCAGAGUUGUAAGCUCAAACGUCGAAGAAGCCCAGAAGGAUCUCAUCACCCAAGUCAACAAGAACUACGUCACGUCAGUGAAAGAGAUUCUGCUAGAGUUCGCCGUCGCGGUUGAGAAUCAGUUGGACAAUCUUCCACACGCCAUUAAUAACGAUCUGACUACGGGUCACAAGGGCUUUAUGAAGAACAUGGAAACUAAAUUGAUCACGACAGUGAAACCAAUGGGAAGCAUUCCGGACGAGCCAUCCUCUGAAGCAGAGUCCCCGCUGAGGAAGGGGGCGAAUAUAUUGAAAAACGCAUUCAGGAGCUUCCUCGACGCGUUAAAAACGCAAUCGGAUUUCCCUUCCGACUUCAAAAAAAUUAAGGCUUCGGAUGCGGCUCUGACCAAUCUGCUUACUACACUCGCUGCUUCACAACAUUUCGAUGACACAUUCAGUACCAAUCUUGACGCCCUUGAUAAUGCAGUCACUGCCUUCAAGCCCUCUACCUACGGCGCAGCCAAGUGCCCCUUGCUCCUCAAUGCCCUGAAGAAGGGCAUGUCAUCCCUAAUCGAGGAACUUCAAAAAUCGUACAUAUCAACAUACUCGCAGAUGACUAUUGAUUGGCAAACCGCCACAGCUGAGGAGCAAGACAAGUACGCGAAAAUAUGCUGCACCAUUGCGCCCAUCUUAUUAACCAGGCUAAAGGAGCUCAAAACAGAGCUUGAGAAGAAAGACCAAAAAUGGAAAGAUUAUAACAUGUAUAAUUCCGCGCGGCCGACCAAGAGCCUUUGUCAUUUAUUCUUCCGAGAUAACGGGUAUGAUGUCGGCGGUUCCCCUGAGAGCCCACAUGGCGAGCUGAAUCAUAGGGACGACUGCAAGGGUGGCCGUAUUCUCAGUCAUCUCACGGUCGGUGAACAUAGGUUGUUCGUUGCUAACCAGCCAUCCGACGACUUAUCCACCGUAGUUGGCAAAGAUGGAUUUACAGUGGAAGUCGUCGACAACAGCGGCUUGAUGGACAAUCUUAAUUCGUAUCUACAAUUGUACUUCGAGACGUGCCACCUCACGAUUAGGCCUAAGCCACGGCAUCCAUGCAGCGUUUACGAGAUGUCAAUCUGGUUGUGCGGUCUUCAAUUUAAUCCAGUUUUCCAGCCACUCUUGGAUCACAUUAGAACGCUAUUCCUUGUACCCGAGAAGAACGACCCGUCGAUUAAAAACGUAAAACCGAUUGAAGCGUCGCCUUCGGAUAUUACUGAUGCUGAGACGGUGGACGCAGUAGAACGUGUUUGCUCCGACGCAUAUGCUGUCAUCAUUACCAUCCUCGGACACGGCCACGGUGAAGGUGUAUACGCCUGCGACUACUCUUCAAACGCGUUCAAUUUAUACUACCCGUCCGUUCCAUCGCAAUGUCUAGAUAUGCUUGCUGACAUAUUAUACCGUAUUCAGUCCCAGCUGUAUUUCUUGUUCGUUCAGUGCUCACGCACUUACAGAGCCGUCUCAUGGCGCGACUGCUGGUACGGGCAGGGCGUAGGCGGAUCCGGUUGGAAUUGUAACACCAAGCAGUGCCCUAACCAAAACUGUCCCCAACUGGCUGACCAAAACGCUGGCCAACAUACUGAGUGCGGCCUUAAGUCACCGCUUCAAUCCUUCUUAGAGGAUGGCCUUCCCGGGUUCAUGCCGCACCCACUCACGAAGGUUGGCUGUGGCGUACAGUGUUCCGUGAACCAUCAUAAAGGUAUUCCCUGUAAGACGCCGAUGGGAUUCGCAGGCAUUAGCACCGUGGCCUCAGUCAGUCACACGGGCGCUUAUCUCGAGGAGGUGCUUAGCGAUUUCUGUGGCCACCCGGAUAGUCCACUUAAUAAGCUUUGUGGCUACUUCACGUGUAUGUUUCCUAGGCCGCCUCAAGCACUUGGUGAUAUGUUUGCAUUCUAUUACAACUUCCUUGAUGGGUGGUAUGAUGACAAGGGCAUGGAAGGUCAGAAGCACAGGAAGAACGCAUUUGAUGAGGCUGUCAAUAAGGCCUACUUCGAGCAGCCUUACGAGGAACUGAACGUCUAUUCGAUAUUCGCGGAUAGUGCCACGCGGAUGCAUGAUAAGGGUUAUUUAUCGUGUAUCGUCGGUUGCGCUAAUGGAUCGGCGAUGACUUGCGGUAGAUAUAUCAAACCCGUUAGCCACUUCAUGUGGGUUGUAUUUUCCGCCAAAAAUGCAGCGCUAUAUUUGUCAUGGAUCGUUUACCUCACUGAAACGUUCUACGACUUAUUAAAGAAAUUGUAUGACGAUUGUUGCAACAACUGCAAUAAACCGGGAACCAGAUGUCAUGGUAAAGUAUGCGCUGCAGCGUGUGAAGUGAAGGCGACGUACACAUCAGAUGAUGCGUCUAAAGCACUAACCGGUAAACAGCACGUUGAUAACUGCAAAUCUAUCGCUAGAUGUCCUUUCGCUCGACCGACAUUGUACACGCACGGAUUCACAUUGAGAAGCAUGUCUAACAUGAGCGGCAUCAACGGUAAUCAAACGAAACGUACUUGCCAAGAUCUAUGUGAAACAUUGAAAAAGCUUCUAGAUGCAGACAAUGUCCUUUUCACACUUGUGUACAAAACUAUCCCCGAAUUUUUCUUCAAAAUUCGGGAACCCUUCAUCUGGCUCAAUGUCGCACUUUGGUCCGCCUCAUUCCUCUAUCUCGUCUAUGUGAUGGUUGGCAGACUGGAUCUACUGCACAUCAAAUCACAUCUGAGAUCGCCGGCGUCGCACAGGAUAACGGCGCAGUCAUUAUUGGCAGCUGCGCAAGUCGGAAGGCUUGCCAAGAUAUCGUAUCUACAACCGUGA